CAACACCCAUUUACUGGACCCGCGUGCCUCGGGAAGAGGCGAGUAAUUGCCAUCUCGGGGAACCAAUGAGAUGCAGCCAUUCUCCGGGCUUAUCCAAUGGGGUUUGCAAAGGGUCCUCAUACGCCAAUGGGCCCUCUAGUGCAUUCUCUGACCGAGGUUGCCGCUUUCAGGGAAUCUGGGAGGAGACAGACACGAGAUUGGAAUCUAUCAGGAGGGGCCUUCCAAGCCCGAGAUCUGUUCCAGGUCCUGGUCAGCUCUUCCCAGCCUCAGAGAAGCCAUGGCAGCCUGCUGGGUCCACUGUUCACUGCUCCUCCUCCUGCUGGCCUUCACCCCCUACUCAGAUACUAUGACAUGUUACAAAGGGGCCAUGUUGAGGCUUGGCGUUGGCUUUGCCAAGGAAGCUGUCGAGUGGUCUGUAUCAGCGACCCAAGUGUGUAAGCCUGAGGAGAUUUGUCAGGAGACGCUCCUGCUUGUAGACGUAGGACCAAGAACACUCCUAGUGGGGAGCAAAGGUCCCAGCAACCCUGGGGAUCACGCGAAUGAAUUUACCAGGCAGUAUGCCAGUGGACCUGGAAUAGUGGCCGCCUCUUACUUCAAGUCGUGUGACACUGAUCUGUGCAACCAUGCUAACACCAGCCAAGUCCUGCUUAAGCACCUCCUCCCUCCAAACUCCACUAGCCCAGGAACCGCCCAGUGUCCAGUCUGCUUGAAUUUUCAAGGUUCCUGCACUCGAAAUUCCAACUACGUCCACUGUCCUAAGGGCACUCAUUGCUACACAGGUGACAUUAAGGUUAAGGGAGGGGGAUUCAGUGCCACGUUUAGCAUUGAUGGGUGCCUGCGCUCUCCUGAUAAAACCUUACUGAAAGGCAAAGACACAAUUGGCAUCUUCUCCGUGGUGGAAAAGCUUGACAUGUCACUGACUGCAAAUUCCUUCUCACAUCUGUUUGUCCCUGGCACCGCCCUGGUCUGGCUGUUGGGGCUGGCUUUUCUUAGCCCUGUGUCUGUAGGGCUCCAUCCUCUCUGCUCAACCCGUUUCCCGGUGAUUCCGAAUCCCUGUUGGCCCCCACACCCCGUUGUCUUCUGAUGGGAUAACCUGAGACCUUACACUUGCAACGGCCUGCUCAUGCUGUCCCAAUGCCCACGUCACACACCCCACACCUCUGCCUCUGAUAUGUCUGAGCUCACCCUGCACCACAGCCGACACCCAUGAAAUAACAGUGUCACUUUUGAUCCCCCAAGUACUGGGUUUCUUGAGAGGAAAUGGUGGCGCUCACUGGGAUCCACUGAGAGACAUAUGCAGGAGGCCAGGGAGUUGUCCGGUCCUAGCCUCUCUGAGAGGCGUGUGUCACAGUUCUUUCACGUUAGAGUCUGUGGCUCCUGGGGUACAAUGUGCCUCCUGAGAGGGCCGGGAAACCAGACCAGAGCCAUGACAGGUUCUAGUAGCCCUCACAGAGUCCAGGCUUCAGUUUCAGUGCACUAGAACUGGCUGAAGCUCAGUUAGCAGUACUCGGGAAAGCCACAACUUAGGGCAACCAAUCAUCCGGCACCCCACAGCCUCUGCAGCUGGAAGGUGCCUCAGCACUGGAGGCCACAGAUCAGCCCAGAGACUAAACUUUCCCCCACCAGCCAGCCCAGAGACUAAACUUUCCUCCACCAGCCAGCCCAGAGACUAAACUUUCCUCCACCAGUCAGCCCAGAGACUAAACUUUCCCCCACCAGCCAGCCCAGAGACUAAACUUUCCCCCACCAGCCAGCCCAGAGACUAAACUUUCCCCCACCAGCCAGCCCAGAGACUAAACUUUCCCCCACCAGCCAGCCCAGAGACUAAACUUUCCCCCACCAGUCAGCCCAGAGACUAAACUUUCCCCCACCAGCCAGCCCAGAGACUAAACUUUCCCCCACCAGCCAGCCCAGAGACUAAACUUUCCUCCACCAAUCAACCCAGGGACUAAACUUUCCCCCACCAGUCAGCCCAGAGACUAAACUUUCCUCCACCAAUCAACCCAGGGACUAAACUUUCCCCCACCAGUCAGCCCAGAGACUAAACUUUCCUCCACCAAUCAACCCAGAGACUAAACUUUCCUCCACCAAUCAGCCCAGAGACUAAACUUUCCCCCACCAGCCAGCCCAGAUUAAUCCCUCCUCCUUUGAGCUCCCCUACUCCAUUUAAAAGAAGCUUAUGACCAUCCUUUGGGGUCACUAUUUGCCACCCCAACUUGUUGGAAACAAUAAACCCCCUUGCUUAUUCCGUA